AGGUGGCGUUAGAGCAACCUCAUGCGCUACACGUCGCACCCGAAGAACACUCGACCACCAUAGUUAUCCCAGCAUGCAGUGGGUUUUGUAGCGGCAAUGAAAAGACAGCGUGCUACUUCUAACUUCUGCACAACAAAGUAGUUAAUAGUUAGAAUAAACACCAAUAUACACACAAAGCAUAUAUUUCUAGGAACGGGCUACACAUUUACAUUUGGAAGAUGUCUUUGGUUUGCGCAAUCUCAAACGAGGUCCCGGAGCAUCCCUGCGUCUCCCCCGUGUCGAACCAGGUGUUCGAGCGGAGGCUGAUCGAGAAAUACAUCGCAGAGAAUGGGACCGACCCGAUGAAUGGGCAACCCCUCUCGGAGGAACAGCUCAUAGAUAUCAAAGUAUCGCACCCUAUCCGGCCGAAGGCGCCAUCAUCAACAAGUAUCCCUGCCAUUCUCAAGUCCCUCCAGGAUGAGUGGGACGCUGUGAUGCUGCACAGUUUCACCCUGAGGCAGCAGCUGCAGACCACCAGACAGGAGCUGUCCCACGCUCUGUACCAGCAUGACGCCGCCUGCAGAGUCAUCGCUCGCCUCACCAAGGAGGUCACCGCCGCUCGAGAGGCUCUGGCCACGCUCAAACCUCAAGCUGGAUUGGUCGCACCGCAAGCUGUUCCCGCCUCUCAGCCUGCUGCUGUGGGGGCCGGUGGAGAGCCUAUGGAGAUCAGUGAACAGGUCGGAAUGACCCCCGAGAUCAUCCAGAAGCUCCAAGACAAAGCCACUGUCCUCACCACCGAGAGAAAGAAGAGAGGAAAGACCGUGCCAGAGGAGCUGGUCCGGGCUGAGGAUCUGAGUAAAUACCGCCAAGUGGCCUCACACGCUGGUCUGCACAGUGCCAGCGUUCCUGGAAUCCUGGCUCUGGACCUGUGUCCUUCUGACACCAACAAAGUGCUGACCGGUGGCGCCGAUAAGAACGUUGUGGUGUUUGACAAGAGCGAGGAGCAGAUCGUGGCCACGCUGAAGGGUCACACCAAGAAGGUCACGUCGGUCAUCUACCACCCGUCCCAGGAUGUGGUGUUCUCAGCAUCUCCCGACAGCACCAUCCGCGUGUGGUCGGUCACCGGGGGAAACUGCGUCCAGGUGGUCCGUGCCCACGAGGCGGCCGUGACCGGUCUGUCCCUCCACGCUACCGGGGACUACCUGCUCAGCUCCUCGGAGGAUCAGUACUGGGCCUUCUCCGACGUCCAGACCGGCCGAGUCCUCACCAAGGUCACGGACGAGAGUGCGGGUGUUGCCCUGACCUGCGCCCAGUUCCAUCCCGACGGUCUCAUCUUUGGAACCGGCACGGCGGACUCCCAGAUCAAGAUCUGGGAUCUGAAGGAGCGCACCAACGUGGCCAACUUCCCCGGCCACUCCGGCCCCGUCACCUCCAUCGCCUUCUCUGAGAACGGAUACUACCUGGCCACAGGUGCUCAGGAUAGCUCUGUGAAGCUGUGGGAUCUGAGGAAGCUGAAGAAUUUCAAGACCAUUGCUCUGGAUAACAACUAUGAGGUAAAGUCCCUGGUGUUCGACCAGAGUGGAACCUACCUGGCGGUGGGAGGCACAGACAUCCGUGUGUACAUCUGCAAACAGUGGUCCGAGGUGCUCAACUUCUCCGACCACACGGGCCUUGUGACCGGGGUGGCCUUCGGGGAGAACGCCCGCUUCCUGACCUCCGCGGGAAUGGACAGAAGCUUGAAGUUCUACAGCUUGUAGAGGGGUCCUACUGGAUGGAUGUGAAAGGGCUUUGGCACGGGAGUGAUGGCUGGGGUCGUAACACGAGUUCAGAGCCUGAGACGAGAGGCUGGCCACUGGUAUAGCUUAGUCGUAUGACGUUUAGUGAAAGGAUGACGAAUGAUUCUACGGUGGCGUCUCUACCGGAUACUGUCCGGCAGAGGUGUCCAAGACCUCUUGACAAAUGCCCUUGCGCUUGGUACCACAACGUGGUUGGUAUGGUUCGUUUUUUGGGGGAGGGGGGGUUGUCUGUUUAUUGUUGAAAUGUUCUUUCUGGUAUUAUUACAUUUAGUGCGAAGGCCAGAGUAUUGUUUCUUUGAAAUUUGCCAUCAAUGAUAAAUUCACUGUAGUAAUCUUUCUUUUUAUGGUGUCCCCGAGCUAUUUUUAAUGCAGCUCCAUUCUGUUAACGAUAUGCUGUGGAGAAUUGUAUUCCAGCACUCUUUGCUCUGUUAUGUAGUCUCCAGGACAUGUAAACCAACACAAUAUCUGUAGUAAUGUAUGCCCAGUGAAGUAUGAACAAGUGUGUUAGAUUUCCUGCCUUCAUAUCAUGUUUCCAUGAUAAAUGAUGACUAUAACUCACCCAUAUCUCUGCAGUGGUUAAGCAAUGACCCUCCAUUACUUUUUUUCUUUUGUCCUCUUGUAUAUUUCAUGGCUGUUUUAUCUGUUGCAUUUCUGUCCUUUUACACCAAAAUAAAAGAUUUUUGUAAUGCUA